AUGGGCGUCCUACAAAAGCUUGUUGUCGUAGGCGAGGACUGUGUUUCGCACAUCGCUUCGAUAUCUAGGCUUGAGUCCAUCAUGGAUAUCAAAUCGGUGCUGGUAGUGGAAUAUGUGGGAAAGAAGUGUAUCGAAAUUUUAAACCAACAUGGCAUUAAAGUGACCCAAAAUUUUUCGCUCACUGAGCAGGAUUUAAUUGAUGAAAUACCUCGGUCCCGUUUCCCGCUCCUGUUGCACACAAUGUUGACACGGAAGCCGCAGCCGCCCUUGAAAAUUUUAGUCGGUCGUGAACUGUCGGAGUAUGACGCAUUAGUCGUGCAAUCGGGUACAAAAGUUCCAAUCGAAGUUCUUUUUGCUGGCAAAAAGCUGAAGGUUGUCGCAAGUGGGGGUGCAUAUUCUAAGAAUAUUGAUGUUUUGGCGGCUAUGAAUAGAAACAUUCAUGUUAUCAACGCCCCGCGUAGCACCUUCGUAAGCGUUUGCGAGUACACUUGUACGGUGAUAUUGGCGCUGGCAAGACACCUGGUCAAGGCCAAUUACUCAUACUGCGCUGGCAUGGUGGACAGGGCUAUGUACACGGGCUCUGAACUUCAAGGCAAGACGCUUGCUUUUAUCGGACUCGGUGAAAUUGCUAAGGGAGUAGCGGUUCGCAUGAAAGCUUUUGGGAUGAAGGUAAUUGGCUUUGAUGAGUCGUUUUCGGAUGAGGAGUACAGACAAUAUGGCAUAAUCAAGACGACUUAUGAAGAGAUGUGGCCUCAAGCCGACUACAUUGUUCUGUACACAACUCCAUUUGAUAGAAGCGUUUGCGCUUUCCUUACCUCCGAUAUUCUGAAAUCAUGUAAGAGAGGUGUGAAAAUCAUAAUUAUGGGACAUCUCAACGUGUUCCUACCUCGUGAUAUGCACGAAGGUCUCAAGUCGGGACAGGUCGGCGGAGCAGCUUUUGAUUUGUAUGACGAAUACGUUGAUAUGGAUUUCCUAAAAUAUCCAGUAUUCCAACAUUCGUCUGUUAUAUGUACAACGCAUCUCGCUAUGGAGACCCAAGAAGCUAUUGAGCGGGGUGGUAAAGAAGUGGCGGAGCAGAUUGUUAACAUGUGGAAGCCACAUACAUAUGAUACACCAAUAAACUUUCUUACCAAGUUUAAUUAG